CCGCCGCGGUAGUGAACGAGCCUUUUUCCGCUCGCGUUUUUAGUUAUUAAAACUGAUGUAUUAAGUGAACUGUCGGCCGUUUUCUAAAAUACACCUUUAUCGAACAUCGAUAUCCGGAGAAAACAGACCAUUUUUUCUUCAACUCGCAUCAGACUAUCAAAUUAUAUACCGAGGCCCGGUGAACUGCUAGCUCAGUCAGCUUGGAAAAGUUUGUUGUUGUCACGUGACGUGAUACGAAUGUGGCGAUAAAGUUUAUCUUUCUCAAUUACUUGACGAACCUGUAAUUAUUUGAUAUCAACUUUUAAGAUUUUUUUCCCGAAAAAUGCCUCAACCGAAAUACAGGAAGAUUGCUGUGUUGGGGUAUAGAUCAGUCGGCAAGUCCUCCCUCACAAUACAGUUUGUGGAAGGACAGUUUGUUGAUUCCUACGACCCUACUAUUGAAAACACUUUUAAUAAAAUGGUGAACGUGAAUGGACAAGACUUUAAUCUUCAGCUGGUUGACACUGCUGGUCAGGAUGAGUAUUCAAUUUUCCCACAGUCUCAUUCGAUGGACAUCCAUGGUUAUGUUUUGGUGUACUCAGUCACCUCAGUGAAAAGUUUUGAAGUGGUUCAGGUUCUACAUGACAAGCUGCUGGAUAUGGUUGGAAAAAUACAGGUGCCUACUGUUCUAGUUGGGAACAAAAAAGACCUUCACAUGGAAAGAGUAAUCAAACCAGAGGAGGGCAAGAAACUGGCUGACUCCUGGGGUGCUGCUUUUAUGGAAUCUUCUGCUAAGGAAAACCAGACAGCUGUAGAGGUUUUCAAGAGAAUUAUUCUGGAAAUGGAGAAAGCAGACGGCAAUGUUCCACAAGAGGAGAAAAAGUGUUCCGUAAUGUAGGGUGGUCCCGCUAGGGACAUACGUUGACCCCCUGGCCAAUGCCAGGAGACACAUCAUCACCAGCCAGCCAAUCACUGUGCAGUACUACAGUUGAACUAUCCACCCACUGCUCCAGUCUUGGUCAACAUCACAAGUAUCUGACCAGUCUCAGCAGAAUGUGCUGACCCUUAUGAGAAAUAGAUAAAAAACACAUGUCCUGAUCCUCGUGUAAAGCUGUUUGAUAAGUAAUUUCCCAUUUGAGGAUUCAAACAAUUCUGUGCUAUAAAAAUAACCACACUAUUUUUUUACAGUCGGUUGGCAGCAGUUGAACUACAUCUAAAGGCCAGAAUUUUAACAAGCACAAGCCUCACUUUUACUCAGACUUCAACUUGACACCUCGGUGGGACCCCUUUUAUUCCAGAGACACACCCACAACCCCAAUAAGAGAGAAUCCUCUCUGCUUUUCUAUGGCUAUACUCAUACACUGUCACGGCUCACUGUUCAUCAACUUAGCCCAGAAGUGUUCUCAGAAAUCACUUUCAUUAGCUCACCCUGACUUUGACACAGUUUGGGCCUGCUGGACUUUGAUGUCCAGCUAACCUUCACAGUGUGUGUGUGUGUGUGUGUGUCCAGUUUGGGCGGAGUUUGUUUGAUUAAAGUAUGCCUGGUGCACAGAUGCAAACUCUGCCUGCAGUGGAGUGCUUGGGCAUGUGAAACAAACACAUCGUUUUUCAGGUUGUUAUCAGAUAUUCUACCAGUGAGCUGAAACUCACUGGACACUUGGUUCCAUUCAGUUAUUUUCAUUAAUGCUAGAAUGAAAGCUCUCAUAUUCGCUUAGAUGAAAACUUCCUCAGCCAUUUUGUCCUUCUGUUUAGGGAAUAGUGGUGAUGGACUGCACGGCCACAUCAAUAGUGAACAUUUACCAAGUCUAAGUAUUAGGUUUUUCCCAGUCUUUUUUUCCCCCCUCAGCUGUAAUAAUUCUGAUAGUAGGGCUGCCGACUCCGUACUGAGGAAAGUGUGAGUGUUGUGACUGACUACAUAGAAGACAAAAUAGUGUCUGAAUCAUCCAGUCUCGGUUAACACAACCUGAAGUGUGAUGAUCUUAGUAUUUGAAUUAUGGGUGAUUUUUUUUAAACCAUCUGUAUUGUGCAGGCUGCCUGUAUGAAUUGCCAACUUCACCAGUGGGACUGUCUCUUUUACAACAUUUCAGCUACAAACCUUGGUCAGUCCUCACUGGUAGACUGUAAAUCGGGUCUCUUCAUCCAGUGUAACUAUGAUAUAUAUACAUAUACCUAUAUAUAUUUUGCAUUUAGGUUUGAGAGAUAGAUGGGUUUUCCAAUCUAUCUGUUGCUUUUACUUUUUUGAAAAGGCUAGUAUUCCUUUUCUGAACUGCCUUCCACUGCCCUUUUACUUUGUGUUCAUUGUUUUUUUUUUUUAUGUAGUUUUCCUGAUUUGAACACAUCUUCCAAGUAGUUGAUAUAAUGGAUUGGUGAUUGAUUGCUGGAUUGAUAGGUUGCAUAUGAGACGGCUGGUGAUGAUGCUGUGUCAUGUGCCUUAUUACACCCCGUUAAGCCCCUGAUACCGUUAUUACUCUGUCUGCUCCCCAAACCCACACCCAGAUCCCCACUCAAGGUGCUUCAGCUUCACCCUCCACCUUCUCCUGUGGGAAUACAGCAGUGUUGUGUCCCUCCACUACAGGGCUCUGAGGUGGGGUCACAGUUAAUACAGAAAAUCUUGCUGUAAACAGUUUUGUAUAUAAAAAUGAAUAAAUCCUUUACACCUGUAA